AUGCCUGCGCGCGUGAGGAGCAUUGGCGCCAGACUGCCGGCGGCUCGCAUCCACAGCCGAAGCUUGUUCCUGCCAGGUCUCAGCGCCAAGGGACAAAAGUACCGCACGUUCGAGCAGCAGAAAGUUGUGCAGUUCCCCGUCCCGACCAUCUACGGUGCCGUCUCCGACGUUGCUCGGUACGCCGACUUCCUUCCGUGGUGUACCGCGUCUCGCGUGCUCGAAAGGCGGCAGGCUGACGGGCCGGGCGGGCCUGAGCCUGGCGCCCAUGCUGCUGAGCCGGGUGCUUCCGAGGAGCUCCUAACAGAGGUCGAGGUGGGUUACAUGGGCCUCGCCGCGCGCUUCGGCUCGACGGUGACGCUGCUGCGCGACCGGCGCGUCCACUCCGUCUCCGAACCCAACGAGUUUCUGGACUCGUUGAAUUUCACAUGGGAGUUUGCGCCCAUCGGCCCGAACCGGGCACGCAUCGACCUGCGGCUCGACUUUGAGCUGAAGAAUGUCGAGCAUGUCCUGAUGUGGGACACUCUGCAGGACCGCGUGGUGGGCGAGUACCUCAGCUGCUUUCAGCGACGCUGUGCUCAACUGCAGCAGCGCGAUGCCGCGGGCGGUGUGGGCGAGCGCCAGUGGGGGUGA